AUGAAGUUUGGUCACCACUUAAAAACUUCUCUGUAUCCAGAAUGGACCUUCUACUAUUUGGCUUAUGACGACCUUAAACAUGAGUUAAAAACUCGAACCCAUGGUGGACAUUGGAGUGAAGACGACGAGACCUCUUUUGUUGAGUUACUUGAGAAAGAACUUGAAAAAGUUUUCACUUUCCAAACUGUAAAGUCCGGGGAAAUAAACAGGAGAAUUCAACAUAGUGAGAAAGUCAUAAACGACGUCACGGAAACAAAGGUUGCGAAAGAAGAAGAUUAUCUUGAAAUCGAAGAAGAACUUUCAAAUAUAAUCGCUGAUGUUCAUGACCUUGCCAAGUUCACUCGGUUGAACUAUUCAGGUUUCCUGAAAAUUAUCAAGAAACAUGAUGAAAAUUAUGAUGCGUUGAUCGUUAAAUUAUCGCGUCUCUAUGACAUUGUUCGUACUCGUGGUAAUCCAGUUACGGGUAACUCUUCUGCCGGCGGUCAACAACAAAAUUUUGUUCGUAAUACCACAAAAUAUUGGGUUCAUCCGGAUAAUAUUACGGAACUCAAACUUUUGAUUCUGAAACAUCUUCCCGUAUUAGUAUUUAAUCCUAAUAAAGAGUUCGAGUCUGCAGACUCGGCCAUCUCCUCAAUAUAUUUUGAUAACGAAAAUUUUGACCUUUAUCUUGGUCGAUUGGAAAAGUCUGAAGGAGCCGAAGCGAUUCGUUUAAGGUGGUAUGGUGGAAUGGAUAACAGGGAAAUCUUUGUUGAACGUAAAACACAUCGCGAGGAUUGGACCGGUGAAAAAUCGGUGAAAGCGCGUUUCCACAUUAAGGAGAAAUACGUAAAUAGAUAUCUUCAUGGGCAAUAUACUAUGGAUGAAACAUUUAAUAAAUUAAAACUAAAAGGAAAGAGUGACAAGGAAAUUGAAGGUCUCAUUCAACUCGCUUCUGAAGUGCAAUAUAGUGUUCUUACCAGAAAACUUAAACCAGCGGUUCGAACCUUCUAUAACCGUACGGCUUUCCAAUUGCCGGGUGAUGCACGUGUUCGUAUAUCACUCGAUACCGAGUUAUCUAUGAUUCGGGAGGAUAAUUUCGAAAAUAAUUCAAAACUCCGAUCUGGUGAUAACUGGCGUAGAAUGGAUAUCGGAAUAGAUUAUCCAUUUUCACAAUUACCUGAUAGUGAUAUCGAGAGGUUCCCUUAUGCUAUUCUGGAAGUUAAAUUGCAAACUCAACUUGGGCAAGAACCGCCGGAAUGGGUUAAAGAAUUAGUCCAGAGUCAUUUGGUUGAAGCUGUUCCUAAAUUCUCAAAAUUUGUUCAUGGUGUUGCCACUCUUAUGGAGAAUCGUCGAAUCCAGUUAUUGCCCUUCUGGCUUCCACAAAUGGAUAUCGAUAUUCGUAAACCACCAAGCAAUUUCCGCCUUCAACGUCCUUCCGCCAGCAAUCCAACGACGCCAGCUUAUGAGAAUGGGAAUCCACUCUCUGAGACUGAGGAUGAUAACAUUGAGGUUUUAAUCGAGCCUGAUUCUUCAAGUCAUGAUGUUCGAUCACGAAAUGGACCACAAAUUUCUUCACUUGAAGAACUGGAAGAAUAUUUAGCGGCAACUACACCUGCUGGAAAGGUUCCUAUAACUUACCAAGGAAAGAGAAUAGCGAUUCCCGUUCGCGUAGAACCAAAAGUUUAUUUUGCCAAUGAAAGAACCUUCUUAUCAUGGCUAAAUUUUACAGUGAUUCUGGGUGGUCUCGCAGUCGGAUUAUUGAACUUUGGUGAUAAAAUUUCUGUAACUGCAGCGGCUAUGUUCACUGCUGUUGCAAUGAUGGUGAUGUUAUAUUCUCUCGGAACUUACCUUUGGCGUGCAAAAAAAAUCAGAAAGAAAGAAUCUGGAUCAUACGAUGAUCGAUAUGGACCCACAUUCCUUUGCGGGAUACUAUUAAUUGCUGUAGUUGUCAACUUUUGGUUGAGAUUGUUGGAAGAUGAAGAUUCUUCCUGA